UCAGUCGUGCCACGCAUUCCGUGGCCUUCGGCACGUUAGUUCGCUCAGCAAUUAUACACACUUUAUACGACGCUUUAGCACUUCGCUCUGGAUGAUCGCGGAGGCUUGACGUUCCAAAUUCGUCCGCUAAGGAAACCUAUACCAGAUAUUCUUCCACGGAGGUGACCUAUUGAUUGUAAAUGUUAUUGUCAAGUUGAAGUUUUAUCAGUCAGUAUAAAAAAAUAAGUUAAUAUGUCUACAUCCAUUUCACGGUGUGCUCGUGGGCCAAUGAUUUUCAGAGCAAAGAGGAUGAAGAUAGCAUUACCGAUGUGUGACCAUCAGCUGGGCUCGCCGAGGGGAUACUCGUACGAGGCAUUCGUCGAGCAUUAUGCAAAGCACCACGUAGACCUGUCGCUGCUGCAGCGAGCUCUGCUCACCGCGGGCUCGGCAACUAUCUCCAUCACGGACCCCUUCCGCGGCGACAUGAUCGCCUGCCUGGGUGAAACGACCGGUGACCCGGCUCUCAGACAUUGCCGCAGUCAAAUGCUAACGACGGCCGAGGGUCAGAGAAUUCUCACGGAGAAGCCUCGCAUCAAUACCCAGACCGUCGAUCUGGCCUACCUCAAAGGACUGCCCGAGGGCACCGUCGGCAAGACCUACUCGGACUUUUUGGAGGCAAAUAAAGUAUCGCCGGACGACAGAUCGCCGGUGCAGUUUGUCGACGACCUGGAGCUGGCGUACGUUAUGCAGAGGUAUCGGGAGGUGCACGACAUAUUCCACGCUAUGCUCCUGAUGCCGACGACGAUGCUCGGCGAAGUCACCGUCAAGUGGGUCGAGGCUCUGCAGCUGAGAUUGCCCAUGUGCGUCGCCGGAGCGAUAUUCGGCGCGGCGAGGCUCAAGUCCAAGUUAUGGGCCCAGGAAACGAGGUACGACCGAAAAUUACCGGCUGAGAAAAAGAAUUGAUCACACUCCGAGAAACAAAAACUGCCGCACAGAGAACCGCAAGAAAGAUGGCAAGCCGCACACAUCCAAAUUCGUAUAUUCCAGUAGAGCGUCUCACUGGCCGAGCAAAUUACCAUUCGUGGUCGAUCGCAAUGCAGGCGUACUUACAGUUAGAAGAAUUGUGGGAUACAAUAGAAGCCCUACCGGAUAAAGAGAUAAAUUCGGACGCUACAAAGAAUUCAAAAGCCCGCGCAAAAAUUAUUCUGGCCAUUGACCCCAUCAUCUACGUCCACGUGACUCAAGCAACCACCGCACAAACGGCUUGGAAAAAUUUACAAGCAGCAUUCGACGAUAACGGACUUGAAAGAAAAGUUGGAUUGCUCCGAGAAGUCGCAACAACGCAGUUGGCAAAUUGUUCGUCAAUGGAAAGUUAUGUAAAUAAAAUAAUAACCGCCGCGCAUCAGCUAAGUGCAAUAGGAAUGAAGCUACCGGACGAAUGGGUCGCUAUGCUUCUAUUAGCAGGACUAUCAGACUCGUUUAAACCAAUGAUAAUGGCACUAGGGAGCUCCGGAAUAAAGCUAAGCUCUGAUUUAGUGAAAACAAAAUUGAUUCAAGAACAUGGACAGAGCGAAACGAUAGACGACGCCGCAACCUCAAGUUUUCUCGCACACUCGAACCGCUACCGCAAUCCAACACCAAUAAACCCACCACGCUCAAACGGGGACUCGCGACAAAAACCGCGUUGCUAUAAUUGCAACAAGUUUGGUCAUUUUUCUCGCGACUGUACCGCUCCGCGACGACGAGCGCCGAGCGCAAAUAUAGUCAACACAGAAGAGACUGAUGACUAUCCAGAAAACGAAAAUUGCGACGACAACGACGAAGUGGUGUGCGCAUUUUUAAGCUUCGCGUCUAUCGAUAAAAGGGACUACAAAAAUAAAUGGAUUUUAGAUUCCGGUGCGUCCAAACACAUAUGCAACGAUGUGAACAUAAUUGAGAAUCUUCACAAAAGCUCCACAGCAAACUUAACUGCUGCUAACAAUACUAGAGCAGUUGUGAAAGGAGAGGGAGACGUAAUGCUCGAUAGCGCCGAGAAAGACUAUAAUAGCAAAAUAAAGCUACAGCGAGUGCUAUACGUACCGGAGAUAAGUGCAAAUUUAAUGUCAGUAAGUAAUAUAACGCGAAAUGGAUAUAUAGUCACGUUUAAGAAUACGUUCUGCUUAGUAACAGACAAUAAAGGUCAAACCGUACUUAAAGCCGAAUUAGAUAAGAAUAAUAUUUAUAUUGUAAAGCUAACCGAAGGCAGAAGCAGCGUCGCACUAUACACAACCACGCACACAGAAACAGCUUCGAGCACAACGAAAACAUCAACAACGAGUAUCGACAUUUGGCACAGGAGAUUAGGACACAUGAACGCGCCAUAUCUUCGAGAAUUGCGAGACCAUGCUGCCACAGGAAUCAACUUUACGGGUGAUAUCAAACUAUCGUCUUGCGAUACAUGCAUCAUGGGUAAACUCUCGAAGAAGCCCUUCAAGAUCAACAAAAAAAAAAGGCUGAUAAAAACUUACAGCUUGUACAUAGCGAUUUAUGUUAUGUCCCUGAACCUUCGAUUGGUAACGCAAAAUAUUUUCUAUCGUUUAUAGACGACUAUUCCAGAAAAAUGUUUAUUUAUUUCUUAAAAACUAAA